UCUUGAUCUGUACAAGGUCCCCUUACACUCCCUUGGCACUAUUGUAACAUUUGUCCAUCCAACUGUCCCCCCCAUCGCGACGUCUACUGGGCGUCCGGCGCUGGGGUAUAGGAGAAUCCUCCAAGCGAAUCCGAUCGGCGAAGGCCUUGAGAGCCUUCGCCGCGCUUACUCUCCAUUCCUGCUUCCCAAAAGAGUGCAUGCAACUCAAAAUUCGUACUCCUAUCGGAAACUUUCUUUGAUCCUUACGUGUUUGAAAUAAAUGUUAAUCCGGUCAUCCACGCACCAUACCUCGAAAAUCUGGAGCAGCCAGCAACGUCAUUAUAUGUAUCACAGACAACACCAAGUACAAGGAGCAUAGCGACGAGUUCAGCACCGACUUCUCCGGUGUCUCGAAGCAGUCUCACAGGCUCGAGCAACAACAAUACGCCGGCGAGUGUACAAUCGGCAGAUACACCAUCUGGCAAUGGUCUUCCACCUACCCUCUACGAGUGCGUUGCGUGCAAGGCUAUGUUUGCAAGAUCCUGCGAUCUCACAACUCACAUCCACCGCAAGCAUGAACGGCGCUACGAAUGUACCUUCGAGACGUGCUCUCGCGCGUUCAGUCUCCGGACAGAUAUGCAGCGGCAUUUCAAGACGCACCAGGCACCGAUGCAGCGUCAGUCGGUUCGGUGUACAGCUGCUGGGUGUUCACGAGCCUUCACUCGCAGAGACAACAUGCUCAAGCACUUGCGCACGCACACUUACAGGGCGGAGCCGUGAACAGGCCCGGUGCAUGUCUUUGUAUCUCUCCUUUGGAACGGUUCUUCACUUUUUCGAUUAUGACGUACACUGCCAACUCACAUACCUAGGUACCUAACCUGUGCUUAGAUAAAGUGUCGACAAUCACUGCUAUGUGAAUGGCAAGGCAGUCUUGCUGGGGUUUCAGCCGUACUGAAUCGUUUCCUUCCACUAAGACGCUACAUUAGAUAGCGUUAAGUUUGAAAGUGAAAUGAGAGUCUUGGGUUGAAACACAGCUUACUUUUUGCCGUAGCACUCCCUCUGCUGAGCUCACGAUUACUGUGUAUGCUCCAGCCAAGUGACUAUACAUCCACCUUGAACUCUGUCCCUGAAAUGUAUCCGAUUUCCGCCAAUCUGUGACCGAGCGAAAUGCACAAAUAAGUGGGAAGUCAUCGAUUAAGGUCGCUAGCAAGUGUCCCCUGUGUGAAAGGAUCAAGGAGCCGAGAGGAGAUCCAGGAAAUCAACGUGUUGAAUUACUAAUCUUUGUUGAGAUCAGUCGGGACGAAAUUGAAUAAGGAGAACCCAGAGUAUAUGUAGUUG